AUGACCGCCCAAACAGAUCAUCCCGAUCUGUUUCUUUACCAACAAACAAGUACAUCCAACCACUUCAAGACCAUGGAGAGCCCUCAUGAGCACCAGCAGUCCGUGCUGCUUUCGCGUAUCAUCACCAAUGUCGAGAAGCUCAACGAGGCUGUUAUGGUUAUGAACAAGGGUCUUCAGGAGGUCAAUAUCCAGAACAUGAACGUCGAAUUAGUGGCUCAAAUGUUCAAGAACUAUCAGUCGAAUGUUUUGUUUCACCUAGAGGCUACGGAGAACCUUAAAGAACCCUCGCCGCAAGGUUCUACUUGA